AGGCGCUUGUAAUAAAGUUAGCAAAAGCAAAGCAAAUAAGAAGUUUAUGGUUAUCGAGAUUUCGAAGAAAAGCAAAACGAAAACCAUGUCGGUUAAAACAAACAUGCUUUUACUAAGCUUGUCUUCGUGGCUCUGUGCAACUACCCUCCAGUGGCGUCUUCUGGUCACCGCACUGGACCACACCCGCUAUGACGCAGCUUCCGAUCAUCUUCCUGUGACCCGGUCGACGCAACAGCAGAUCAUGCUGGAUGCGGACGCUCUAUCGUUUUCUACUCUUGCUGCGACGGAGGAUUAUGAUGGUAAUUUGGGUCGUACGAUGAAGAGCGAAAACACGAAGAAACACGCGCACCACCACGGCCAUCCUUACCACAAGAAGCAACGUGUCACGCCGCGUCAUGACCACCAGCACGCGCAGAAGCCUACCACGGCUUACGCGUUCCAGCAGGAGCAGGCACGGCAUCGUCAUCGGUCGGUCUAUCAUGCAGCUGAAGAACAGCGUCUGUUGCGUAGCGAACAGCAGUACGACCAGCAGUCGCUUUCGAAGAAGCAGCACUUGCGCAGGACAGCAGGGGCCAAGAAGGUUAAUGAAAAUGUUUCGCCCCUCCACCCCGACGCUACAACAACUACUACCGCGAAGGCGAGGCGCACGAAAGGAGAUAGGAGGAUGUCGUCCUUUUCCUCUGCCAGUGCAGCAUCGGACUUGGGCGAAAGCAUGAUGCUCGUCGCGAAAAGAAAUCCUUUUCACCGCAUGGAAGCGAAGAACUUUUCCGACCUGCUGCAGAAGCUGCGUCUCGGUGCUGCUGCAAGCACCACUUCCAGAAGUGCAUCGAACACCACGAUCUCGGUGGGCGAGUGGUGCGACGCGGCGUCGGAGUCUGCCGCCGACGCGGCGGUCGUCGACACGGACUGCCAAUCCAAGUGCGUGCAGGUGUUCGCAGAGUGCACUGGGUUGAGCGGCCCGGCGGAAACCUUCGACACGGCGACGAACCUGCCAACUUGCACCCUGGAGUCCGCAGCGUGCAACACGCGGGGGGAAGAGUGGCACACCACCUGUCUCGACGACGAAACCAAACUGAACGGCGCGUCCAAGAUGCUCACGGAAAACAUGGCCCUGACCGUCUGCGGCGCGAGCAACGUGCCCACGCCGACGAUCAACAGUGAGUGCGGGAUGGAGGAGAACGAGGACUGCCGCGCGGAGUGCGUGGAGGUGAACAGCUUCUGUUGGUCGGUCACGGAGGAUGCCCAACUCGAUGCACCCUACGGGUCGUGGUGGAACCCGGACGAGCCGUUCACCAUCUGCCCUUUUAUGUCGGCGGAGUGUCUGUGCCGGGCCAAGGACUACCGCAACAACCCAGCCUGCAAGGAGCCGCCGAAGAACUUGUUUUACGACGAGCUCAUCGUCACCGUGCACAACGACCAGCUCCCCGGCUACGACGUGAUCUCCGACCUCUGCGACAGCAGCUUCACGAUUCCGCCGUUGCCCGCGGGAGAUUUCGUCUGUCCGAGCGCCGCGGUCGAGGAGGCCCGGAAAAAGGACAACAACAAAUUGAUGAUCAUUUUGGCUGUUGUGGGGGCGGUGGUACUGCUGGGCGCGGGAGUCACCGUGUUCCUCAUGCGGGGUGAUGCGGCAGCAGUUUCGGAAGUAGAUGGGGCGGCAGAAGCUGACGAGGCCGCGGGGAAGAACGACGAUAAUGUGGAGGGGAAGCCCGCGGGAGAGGGUGGCGCAGAGACGAAAGACGAGAAAAAAGAAGAAGCGGAGGGUAGUGCGGCGCCCGCAGCGGAAGGUGGUGCGGGGGAAGCAAAGGCGGAAGGAGGAGGCGCCCCUGGGGAGAAAGCAGAGGAAAGUGCAGCAGCGGAGACACCAGCGGAAAAAGCAGGCGAUGCACCACCCGCGGAACCGGCUGCGGCGGCGGUAGUCCUUUUAUUUCUCGAUUUGUUUGGUCGCACUUAUUUUCGGAUGAUAAACGAAGAAAUCCAUCUGCAUCACCUCCGUUCUUGCACGGUGGCUCUAGUGUCUGCAUGAAAAAAAAAAAAAUGCUCGUCAAUUCACUACUUACAGGGAUGAAGAUAAGGCGGCACCACAGGGAGAAACGGUUUUGAAGUUUGGAAAGUUUGACAGAGCUGGUUGUCACAAUCUAGUAGUUUCAACAACUAUCAGCCUUAUAAGAAACACAAAGAACACGAUGGGAACUACUUGCAGAACUUUUCUAGCGGGAAGUGACGCGAGGUCGUUUCAAAGAAACAAACAGAACUAGUUCGGUCUUUAGAU